AUGACUACGUCAACCAUUCUGACAGCUAAAGUUUGGUAUCUCACGCAAUCAUACCCCACAGAGCCUAUCUGGUUCUCCAGAGGACUGCAGACAGAAUCUCAAGCAUUCAAACCCAAGCAUGUUCCCUCCCUACUUCGACCGAAAUCCUCCGCGGGACAGAAGAGAUCUUUGACAGACCCACAUACAUUCCUUCAAUCUCCACCUCUUCCACCUCGAACCGACCUACCAUCUUUAGCCCCACUGACCCCGCUAACUCCCCUGUCCCCAAAUCUCACCUCGGCCAAAUCCCUACAGUCAGUCACCGAAGUCUUUCUGAAUCAAAAUCACAGCAAUCAAGCUGGGCCGUCCACACCUUCAUCUCAAGUCAAUGAGAACGCCAGAGAACUGAGACAAGCCAAGUUCGAGACUCAGCGUGCAGCUCUACGACUCGAUCCAUUCCACACCUUUCACCCCAUGCUUCAACCUCGCAACGACAAUCCCGGAGCACUAGCGGUGAUGCUCCUCGACCGAAGAGGCGUCUUACGUCUCGGAAGCCGAGCGAUACCGGUCGACACUGGCAUGAAGCUCAUCUAUGUCCACACUCUACCCUCUGGACGACACUGGCCAGAGGCACCACUUUCUCCAGAAAUCCGCCUGUCAUCCCCCUUUCAAACCAUCCAUCGAUCAGUUUUCGGCGUCCGACAAGUUAUGAUACUCCCAGAACCACAUGCCUCGACGCACACGACUUUGCCAGACUUUGACUCGUCGUCCACUGGACCUCCCAUAAUAUCUGCAACUGAGCCACCUGUCACUAAACGAGUCGGAUCAUUAUUUUCGUUGCGUAAGAGAGGCAAGACGGUGUCGAUUGUUCAAGACCAAACCUCUCCGCAGAGGCCACCCGACUUACCGCCUCUCAUGAUCAAUACCGAACGUCAGACCCUUCCAGAGCCCGGAACGGACGAGAUGUCAAUGAGGAACGAGCGACUCUUCGUGGCAUUCAACUCUCCUGGCGUGUACGAGGAAUGGAAUGUUCUCCUGCGUUCUCUCUCCACGCCGAAGUCCCCCUCGCACAUACAUCGCCGACUACAUAUCACAAUCUGGGAUGUUCAGGAUGAAAGUCGAAGUUCUGGUAGAUCGGAUUUUUGUGGCUAUACUAUCAUAACUCCGAAUGAUGUGCUGAGUGAUACGAAAAGUGGAAUCUCGAAUAACGGCAAUAGUUCAGUAUCGCAUCGUAAUGAUCUCAGGCAGACAAGACAGGUGACUGCAGAUUGGGCGGCGAAAGAGGAGAUUGCUGUGACCAUAGAAUUGAAUGAUCUGCACGCUGCGCGGACGACAUGGCAGCGAGCCAACAGUGCCGCUGCUUCCCCCUUCUGGGGAGAGACGUUCAGAUUCGAUGAUCUACCAGAUACGCCAAGUUGUAGCUUGAAGCUGUAUCGGACUGUUCGAAAUAAACCUGUCCACUUCGGCUCUGUCACUAUUCCUCUCGUGCCUUCUUUCGCCAAACCCAAAGACGAGCGGUAUCCUAUCCUCUCAGUGGAUGAUGGCGCGGUUGGAGAGAUAUUAGGAGCUCGUAACACCGAAACAUUGUAUCACCUCUCCCGACAAGGACAGUUGAGCUAUUGCGGAGAUUUACUUGCCAAAUUGUGUUUUUCAGAUGGUGGUCUUCCUAGUCGACUGACGCCGAUGUGUGAUAUGGAUGUUCGGAACUCAGAACCAUCUACCCUCUUCCGUGGCUAUACACCUUUUUCCAAACUACUCGAAUCGGCCAUGCGUCUGUCGGCUAAAGAAUUCCUCGAAAAGUCCAUAGGUCCCACUAUACAACGUAUCACUGGAGGUCGCUUCGUUCUUCGAUACACUGAUCAUGGAACUUCGGAUCACACUCGAUUAGACUCGGAAUCGGUGAUGUACGUCUUGGGACUGGCCACCAGCUGUCUGGAAGACUUGUAUGAACAUCGCACUUUGAUGCCUGAUUGUUUGAGAAGAGUUUUUGCGCACAUGUUCGUCACCGUCAAAAAUCGCUAUACAUCACAGGAGAUGCUGCAUUACAAAGCUGUAGCUUCUUUUUUAUUUUUACGUCUCAUAGGUCCAGCUAUCAUGCGACCACAUCUGUUCGAUCUAGCCGACGGGCUACAAUCUGCCCCAGCGCAGGCUAUCCUCACUCUGCUCGCGAAGAUACUUAAAACCAUGGCCUUUUUCUCGCAUAAGAGUGUGGAGAUGGAUCAUGAGUUAAGUCCUUUUAUGGAGUUUAUCACUGGACAUAGCUCAACAAUGGUGGAUUAUAUCGCUGGCAUUGCGACGCCUCUCGAUGGGUAUAUCGAACGACCAAGUGGUCCAACAGGUCAAAUCAUCGACGAACGGCGUCAAUCUUCCACACGAUCUCUACCCGUAUUCACUCCGGCGGGAUAUGUGGACGUCAAUGUCAACUUAGCGUUACUUUUCGAGACAUUAUACGAACGUCGACGAUCUGUUCAAACGGAUGAACAAAAUAUAAAUACACAUACGAAAGAUAAUCUGAGACGUCUGGACAAGGUUCUCCAGAAAGUACACGAUACAGCCACAUCUCUGUACUCCAACGAUACUGGUCAACCCUCACUUCUUCGAAGAUGUUAA